CGGCAGAACUUGCUAGUCUCGAUCCAUGCUCGAUCACUUCUUUAGGAAUAGCUGGAUCGUUAUAGUUCGCGGAGACUUGUAAACAGCAUUUUUGGAUUGUCAUGAUACAGAGCAAGAGCCGGCUGUGGAGUUGAGGGGUUCAGCGAUCGCACGGAAACGAAGGCAUCCGUAUGUGCUUCGCCCUCCCACAAGGUGGAGGCGAUGCGGGAUACGGCGACCGAGUUGGCGCGGACACGGGCUGGCGGAAAAGAUGAACGAGUUAUAAAGACAAACGAUCGUGAACGUUUCUACCCUUCAGACAAGUCUCAGAAGAACAGUUGCUUUACUUCUUUCAACUUGACGUCCAUUAUCCACGCACUCUAUUCAAAAUGAAGUUCAUGUACGCCGCCUCUGCCUUGUUGGCAACAUGCUCCGCACACCCUACCAAGCGUACGACAGCGUCGUCGACACCCAACAUCACUGAUGUAGACAUCCUUCAAUAUGCGCUGACACUGGAGCAUCUUGAGGACAAGUUCUACCGCGAGGGUCUUGCGAAAUUCACGCUUGAGGACUUCAAGAAGGCUGGCUUCAACGAGGCUUUGUACAAGAACCUCAAGGAGGUAUCCUACGACGAGACUACCCACGUCUCCUUCCUUACCAAAGCACUCACCGCUGCCAACGCAACUCCAGUAGCAGAAUGCACCUACGCCUUCGGCGUAACAGAUGUGCACUCCUUCCUCGCAACCGCUUCCAUCCUUGAGGGCGUCGGCGUCUCUGCGUACCUCGGCGCGGCAGCCUCCAUCAUGGAGAAGCUGUAUCUCACUGCCGCGGGCUCCAUUCUCACCGUAGAGGCUCGCCACUCCUCAUACCUGCGCAAGACAAACAAGCAGUCGCCUUUCCCGCAGGCUUUCGACGCCCCGCUCACGCUCGACCAAGUAUACACUCUCGCCGCACCAUUCAUCGUCUCGUGCCCGGAGAGCAACGGCAUGCUGCCCGUCAAGGCUUUCCCGAUGUUGAGCGUCGCCACUGAGGCUGACUGCAUCGCUACGAACAAGACAAUCACGCUGCAGACGAAGGAGCCUGUGGCUGCGGAAUACAAGGAGAACUUCUACGCUGCGUGGAUCAGUGUGACAGGCCCGACAUUCGUGGAGGCAAAGUUUGAAAGCGGAAACCAGUUCUCAACUGAGGUGCCUGUUGGCUUCCACGGACAGAGCUACGUGGUGAUCACUAAGAAGCAAGGCAGUGUGACGGAUGACGACGUUGUUGCGGGCCCGGCUAUCGUGGAGGUUCAGGGCGCCAAUGGAGAGAUUUGAAUAGCAUU